AUGCUUUCCCAUCAAGCCCAAAUGCUCCAAGACACCGUUCGCACCGCAGCCUACCAAAGAGCUAUCCUCAACAGUGCCUCUCGCGAUUUUGCAAAUAAGGUUGUCAUGGAUGUUGGAGCUGGUAACGGAAUUUUAAGUUUCUUCUCCGCACAAGCUGGGGCGAAAAAAGUAUACGCUAUUGAAGCUUCGAAUAUGGUUCAGUGUCUACAGAAGGUUGUGGAUGCUUCUAAAUCUUCCAGGGAGAAGGAGGAGGUGGAGAAGGAGAAGGAGGUUUUGGAGUUGAUGGGAGCUAGCGAGGGGAGUUUGGGUGCGAAUGUGGGGUUUGGGACCACCAAUCCUACUCAGCCUCGAAAUGGGUGGUUGGAGGGGAGACUAGUCCCAGUGCAUUCUAAAGUGGAAGACGUUACAGCGAAAGAUUUAGAAGGGCUCGAAAAAGUGGACACAAUCGUCUCCGAAUGUCUCGGAGUCCUACUGGUCCACGAGAGAAUGUGCGAAUCUUUCCUUGAUGCUCGAGAUCGAUUUCUCUCCCCUAACGGCUCCGUUUUUCCUUCAGCUGGAACGAUCUGUUUAGCUCCAUUCGAAGACAAACAAUUGUGGAACGAUACAGUGAACAAAGCCAAAUGGUGGCUCAACUCUAAUUUUUACGGUGUUGACGUCGCCCCCUUUGCCGCCCUAGCAUUUGAAGAAAACUUCAGUUCCCCUGUCGUAGGCGUAUUCCCAGCUGGUUGUUUGCUCAGCGUUAGCAGCGAUUAUGUGGUUGACUUUGCUACGAUAAGUAAGGAGGAGUUAAAAGAGUUUACGAUUCCAGUGGAAUGGAACUUUGGUCAAGCUGCAUUGGUGCAUGGUUUGGGCGGUUGGUUCGACUUACAUUUCAACUCCCAGUCUACACCCGAGGAGGGAGAUACAGCAAUGACAGAGGGAGAGACAGAGGGAAUGUCGCUCGAAACAGCAUUAAACACCAUUCAAUCCGCCUCGGCCAAUUCGGCGCUACCAACAAUCCUCACCAUUGACCCAACCACAUCCACCACAGCAGCAGGAACAGGAAACUUUAUGACAACCUCCCCUUAUGCCGAACCAACUCAUUGGCAACAAGUCCGUUUCCUCCUACCUGAACCUCUCGCAGUCAACCGAGGCCAAAAACUCUCGGGUAGCGUACAUUGCAAAGUCAACGAUCAACGAUCCUAUACCAUGACAACUCAUUUGCAAUUGUUGAAUCCAGAUGGAACGAGUAGUGAUAGCAAAGCAACAAAGAGAGAGGCGGUCUGGAGGUUGGAUAGACAGACUUAUUCUUGGUCGUAA